GCUUGUGGUGCUUUGAUGCUCUUUGAUUUGACUUUGUUUAUUUAUAGAUAAGAAUUUCGACGAAUAAUUGCAAUAAAAAAUAAAUUGGCAUAGCAUGUAGGCUUAAAUAUGAGCAAUAUGUUGAUAAAACCUCUCCGUGCCAGUAUAAACAGUGUGAAAGCGCGUCAGUGCGUCGGGGUUUUGUCCCGACAGUUUUCUAAUCGUCUAGAUGCCCUAGAUUACGAAGAAAGACUCACAGGAUGUCUUUCUCAGCUUCCAUCUACAGCCAAAGUGGUAAUAUGCGGCGGCGGGGUCAUGGGUGCAUCAGUCGCCUAUCAUUUAGCGAAAAGAGGAUGGGGUGGUAAAACAAUACUGAUCGAAAAAGAAAAGGUUGGUGGGGGCUCUCGGUGGCAUUCUUCUGGGUUGGUUGGUGUAUUCAAGCCAUCGGUGGCACAAGUUCGCCUAGCUCAGUCUUCUAUACGCUUGUUCCAAGAUCUAGAAGAGAAAGGCCGACCCACAGGCUGGAAGCAAUGCGGGUCUCUCCUCCUGGCUCGGACCAGGGACCGUAUGACUGUCUACAGAAGAAUGAAGAGUCAAUCUGUAUCCUGGGGCAUCGACUGUGAUCUGGUCACACCGAAGGGCUGUCAGGACAUCUGGCCCAUGCUCAAUGUGGAGGACAUUGUCGGAGGUCUGUGGAUCCCCGGAGACGGUGUAGGGGAUCCUCAUCUCAUCUGCAUGUCGCUAAUAAGGGAAGCUCUGCAGAAUGGUGUUGGUGUGAUGGAAGAUUGCUCCGUAACUGGGGUGCUUUCCAAGAAUGACAGAGUGUGCGGAGUGGAAACCACACAUGGGCCCAUUGAGUGUGAAUAUUUUGUCAAUUGUGCUGGCUUUUGGGCGCGACAGGUUGGACAGUUAGCCCGCCCCAAGGUGAAGGUUCCAUUGCUUCCGUGUGAACACUACUACCUGCACACAAAACCUAUAGACAAUCUAGACCCAAUGACUCCAGUUGUUCGGGACCCUGACGGUUACAUCUAUUUGCGAGAGAGGGAUGGCUGCAUCUUAGCCGGCGGAUUCGAACCCGUAGCGAAACCUGUAUACGAAGAAGAAAUACUAUCGCAAGCGUCGCGAUGUGUGGGCGAGGACUGGGACCAGUUCCACGUGCUACUGCAGGAGCUCCUGAAGAGAGUGCCCUCGCUGAGCCAGGCGACGCUGCAUAGACUCUGCAACGGACUGGAGGCGUUCUCGCCGGACUGCAAGUGGAUCGUCGGCGAGUCACCUGAGAUGUUCAACUACCACGUGGCGGCGGGUAUGAAGACGGUGGGGAUCUCGGCCGCCGGCGGCGUCGCCGAGGCCACCGUCGACGGCAUCGUUGACGGAUACACGAAGUACGAUAUGCACGAGCUGGGCAUCAACCGCUUCCUCGGCCUCCACAACAAUAAGCGGUUCCUGCGGGACAGAGUCAGAGAGGUGCCAGGGGUCCACUACGGGAUGCCAUACCCGUUCCCUGAGUUCGAGACGGGUCGCAACCUGCGAAUGUCUCCCAUCUACCCGACGCUGCGCGACAACGGCGCCGUGUUCGGACAGGUCAUGGGCUACGAGCGGCCCGCCUGGUUCGAGCCUCUAGACCCUGAGGCCAGUUCGGAGCAGCCGCGCGAGUUCAAGAUAGCCUACACGAAGUCAUUCGGCAAGCCGCCGUGGUUCGAGGAGGCGAGACGCGAGUACUGGGCGUGCCGUGAGGCGGUCGGUUUGGCAGACUACUCGUCCUUCACCAAGAUUGACUUGCAGUCUCAAGGGCUUGAGGUGGUCGACCUACUCCAGUACCUGUGCUCCAACGACGUGGACGUGCCCGCGGGCAGCAUCAUCCACACCGGCAUGCAGAACGAGCGAGGGGGCUAUGAGAACGACUGCAGCCUCGCCAGGAUCGCCCCCAACCACUACAUGAUGAUCGCGCCAACCAUCCAGCAAACGCGUUGCAAAGUGUGGAUCAAGAAGCACUUGCCGGCCAACGGAUCAGUCACCAUGUCAGAUGUCACGUCCAUGUAUACUGCCAUCUGCAUCAUGGGACCUUUCACCAGAAAUCUCCUGUCAGAAUUGACGGAUACUGACCUAUCGCCAUCGAAUUUCCCCUUCUUCACGUUUAAGGAGAUCGAUGUUGGACUGGCCAAUGGUAUUCGUGCCAUGAACUUGACCCACACUGGAGAGCUGGGUUAUGUGCUGUAUAUUCCUAAUGAGUUCGCUCUCCACGUAUACCACCGUCUCAUGCAAGUGGGCUCGAAGUACGACAUAACCCAUGUGGGCUACUACGCGUCGCGCACGCUGCGAGUGGAGAAGUUCUUCGCGUUCUGGGGCCAGGACCUGGACACGAUGACCACGCCGCUCGAGUGCGGGCGGACUUGGCGUGUGAAGUUCGAUAAAGACAUCCCCUUCAUCGGUCGCGAGGCCCUCCUCAAGCAGCGACAAGACGGCGUACUGCGUCAGUACGUGCAACUCGUGCUUACUGACCACGACCACGAGCUGGACCUGUGGUCGUGGGGCAACGAGCCCAUCUACCGGGACGGCAACUACUGCGGGCAGACUACUACCACGGCGUACGGGUUCACGUUUAAGAAACAGGUGUGUCUCGGGUUUGUGCAGAAUUUCGACGAGAAUGGCGUCGCGCAGCCUGUCAACAACGAAUACAUUUUGGGCGGACAUUACGAAAUAGAUAUAGCUGGAAUACGGUACUCAGCAAAAAUAAACCUGCAUUCGCCGAACCUGCCUACCAAGUACCCAGAUAAGGAGCGCGAUGUAUACCAAGCGACGCGGCCGGCCCGUAGCCAGGAUACCCAGUAUGUGGGCCGCCAUUAUCAACCUUAACCGGAGAAAUAAGCUGUAGUUUUCGCUGUAGCGACGCACUGAUUCUCGACUUAAAUGAGAGCGCCAAAAUAAAAGGCUGUACAUAUCUUUUUUAGGUACGGAAAAAAUAUAAAUGUCAUGCUGUAAUAAUCGCAAUGCAAGAUAAGUAAGCUGUGAUUUUUUGAAAAAUAACGUCUUAGUAUUAAACUGACAAUACAAAAAAAUCUAUUAUUUAUUUAGUUAUGAAAAGAAUAUAUGUAUCGACGUGUGCAAUUAUCGUUAGUAAGAAAUUUUUUAAAUUAGUUAUAAGAUAUUUUUUUGUACACAUUAUUUUAGUUCUCAUAGUACUUCCUAAUUCCAUUUUAGGUGUUAUGCCCCCUAUAUAUUAUACUAUUCUUGUUAAAGUAGAUAAAUUCAUUUAAAUAUAGGAAUAAAAUUAUAAUUAGUAUCUAAUUCGAACUUUUUGAAAUAAAUGCUAACAUGUUAUGAUUAUAUGUAUGUAUCUUGAUCUUUAAAAUGUCUUGCCUAUUUAGUAAGAUUUAUAAAUAUAAUGUCAAUCUGUCGUAAAAAAUCAUAUACCUAUUAAUAUGGUUUACGGAACAGACCGUAUUCAUGUUUUCGCAAUUUUUAUUU